CACAUGCGUUUGCCCUCCCAAAUUUUCAUGCACCGGGUGCAGGGACUCAUUUGGGCAAAAUCAGAAGGAGCUAGGGUUGGUUGGUUGACGCCCCCAUAAAGAUGGCGGCUUUUAUGGGCUGAUGAUGAAGAGAGUCCCAACCCAACUUCUCUCCAAGACAACACCCUGACGGACUGGAAAUUUUCUCUCGGAGGAGACAACUACUGCGACGAACAUGUCUCUGCAGAGUCAUCUGACGGCUUCGAUCUCUUCUUCCUCAUCUCAAUUCUUGGCUCCUUCCAACUUCAACUCUUCAAGGUCUGUAAGUGUUUCAGUCCCAACUAAGAGAUUGGGAACGUGUAGAUGUGUUGCGACACCAGCUGAGGAAAAGACCACUUACAAGACAAAGGUCUCCCGCAAUGCAAACAUAGCCAAGCUUCAAGCUGGUUACCUCUUUCCAGAGGUUGCUAGAAGAAGAAAUGCGCAUUUGGCUAAGUACCCCGAUGCAAAAGUGAUAAGCCUUGGAAUUGGUGAUACUACUGAACCAAUUCCUGAAGUGAUAACCUCUGCAAUGUCAAAGAGAUCAUAUGGACUGUCAACUCUUGAGGGCUACAGUGGAUAUGGUGCUGAACAGGGUGAAAGGCCACUAAGAGCUGCAAUUGCCUCAACUUUCUACAAAGACCUUGGCAUUGAAGAAGAUGAUAUAUUUGUAUCCGACGGUGCAAAAUGUGAUAUCUCUCGUCUUCAGAUUGUUUUUGGGUCUGAUGUUACAAUGGCAGUUCAAGACCCAUCAUACCCGGCCUACGUGGACUCAAGCGUCAUCAUGGGGCAGACGGGACAGUACCAGAAGGACGUUCAGAAAUACGCAAAUAUUGAGUACAUGAAGUGCACUCCUGAGAAUGGAUUCUUCCCAGAUUUGUCAACUGUGGCUCGCACUGAUAUCAUAUUCUUCUGCUCGCCGAAUAAUCCCACUGGAGCUGCUGCCACAAGGGAGCAACUGACCCGACUCGUCCGGUUCGCCAAGGACAAUGGUUCCAUCAUUGUCUAUGAUUCUGCAUAUGCUAUGUACAUGUCCAACGACAACCCACGUAGCAUAUUUGAGAUUCCUGGAGCCAAAGAGGUUGCAAUUGAGACGGCAUCAUUUAGCAAGUACGCAGGGUUCACUGGGGUUCGUCUUGGUUGGACUGUGGUCCCAAAACAGCUUCUUUUCUCUGAUGGAUCUCCCAUUGCCAAGGACUUCAAUAGAAUUGUAUGCACCUGCUUUAAUGGCGCGUCUAAUAUCUCUCAGGCUGGUGGUCUUGCCUGCCUUUCUCCUGAAGGCUUCAAGGCAAUGCAAGAAGUGAUCGGCUUCUACAAACAGAACACUGAGAUAAUAAUGGAGACAUUCAAUUCUCUCGGGUUUAAGGUCUACGGAGGGACAAAUGCUCCUUACGUGUGGGUACACUUCCCUGGCCGAAGCUCUUGGGAUGUCUUCGCUGAGAUUCUUGAGAAGACCCACGUCGUGACAACGCCUGGCAGUGGUUUUGGUCCUGGGGGUGAGGGUUUUAUCAGAGUUAGUGCCUUUGGGCACAGAGAGAAUGUAUUGGAAGCAUGCAGGAGAUUCAAGCAGCUGUACAAGUGAAGAAUAAUGAGGUAAUCUUUUUAGGAAGAUGAUUGACUACAGUUUCCGUCGUCAAUUCGUUUUUGUUCAGUGGAUCAUUCCUCUCAAAGAAGUCUUCCUAUUUCAAUCUUAGAAUGGAAAAUUAAGAAUGUUCCAAUGAUUUAGUACAAGAAACUGUGAAUUGAGGCCUAUUGGCGCUGCUGUUAUCUCCCCAUCACAUUGAAUAAAAAUUUCUCAUGUUUCGCUGA